UAAACACGUUUUACUCCGGCGGUAACGAAGAAAGAUCCCGCGAAAUCGUACGUACAGUAUCGAAGUCUGUAUAUCUCACAUCAUAGUGAACCAAUGCAGUGAUUUGUGCGUUUUGUUUUCCAGCAACUCUUGCGUGUCUGGUGGAAGCAUUGCUUAAAAAAUAGAGCUGCUUGCCCUUACCUUUUGAUUGGACGGAGAAUAACACGCCGUUUGUUGUGUGGAAUGAAUAAACCGUGAUGGUAUUACAGUGAAGGGACGGAGGGUUUAUUCACGAAUUAGAACUCAAGGAAGAAGGGACCUGAAAGAUCUUAUAUUGAACCAACGCGAGCUUUUAAGAAGGAAAACUGUAGCUUUGACUUGAGAAGAAUGCAUUCAAUAAGAAACUUUUUUUGCGGUCAGUGGUCCUCCUCUGCUAGACUUGAUGAGAAAACUGUGAUUAUAACUGGGGCCAAUACAGGCAUUGGAAAAGAGACAGCCAGGGAUCUUGCAAAGAGAGGGGCUCGUGUAAUUAUGGCUUGCAGGGACAUGGCAAAAGCGGAGGCAGCAAAGAAAGAAAUCGUACAGGAUUCUGGAAACCAAAAUGUUGUCAUCAGUAGACUUGAUUUGUCUGACACCAAGUCAAUCAGGGAAUUUGCCGAGUUAAUUAACAAGGAGGAGAAACAGGUUAACAUUCUCAUCAACAAUGCUGGAAUUAUGAUGUGCCCAUAUUCUAAGACAGUGGAUGGUUUUGAGAUGCAAUUUGGAGUUAACCACUUGGGUCACUUCCUGCUGACGUUCCUGCUGAUUGAUCUGAUUAAACGAUCGCAGCAAUGUCAUCGUGAUGCAGCGGGCAGCUUAGCUGGAGCACACAGUGAGACUAUCAAGAAGUAUUGUCAGAGCAAGCUGGCCAAUGUCCUCUUCACACGUUCCCUGGCCAAGAGGCUACAAGGCACUGGUGUGACAGUGUACUCUCUCCACCCGGGAGUGGUGCAGUCAGAGCUGUGGAGGAAUCUCAGCACGCCCAUGCAAAUGGCCGUCAAGGUGUCCCGGCCUUUCACCAAGACAUCUGUGCAAGGCGCACAGACCUCCAUCUAUUGUGCCGUUGCACCACAGCUGGAGAAGGAAAGUGGGGGAUAUUACAGUGACUGUGCACCAGCACGAUGCACAAGAGCUGCCUCAGAUGAUGAAAUGGCCCAGAAACUGUGGGAACUCAGCUGCCAGAUGCUUGGAAUUACAUGGGACUGAAUGCAUUGUAUCAAUUCUUGUUUUGUUGUCUUUAAUGUUACAGUAGCUAGACCCUGAUCCAGAAAUAUUUACAAAAGGUUUUAAUAAUCUUUAGCAUUGAAUAAUUCCAAAUAUGUAGACUAAUUUUCAGUUUAGUCUAAUUUUCUUUGUUAUUGGCUAAUGUGAAAACAGUUUAGUAAUUUAAAAAAAGGUAAUUUCCAUACAAAGGUUGCCAAGGCAGGUUUCACUGUAUUUUGUGUAAGACCGACAUGUAUUUCCUCAGAAAUUUCCCAGGUGCUUUUGCCUUCAUCAACUCUUCUAAUGAUUUUUUGUCUAGUGUUUAUGUAACUGGCUUAUGGGCUGCCAUUUUACCAAAUGACUGGAAUCAAAGACCAGGUUAACGUGGGAUAAUACUUUUUUAAUGACCUCAAUGCCUUGAUUCUUUAAUUUACAUAGCAGACAGCUAUCAGAUCAGAACAUAAGCUUAACAAACGCAGAGAAUGACAGAGAGCCACACUGUCCUCAUGUGAUCCAUUUUACAAUUAGAUACACAUUACAAUGAGUAUGCAAAACAAGGGAUGGCAGCGACAAGCGACUAUUAAAAAAUCAUAGUAGUGCCGAACAUUAGCAAGCUGGUUGCUAGAUAGCCAGCUAUUAUGUUGGUGGCUGCUACAAUCAGCCACCAUCCAUUAUAUUCCUGAGUCCCAUGGUUGUCCUUUGCAUGAAUUGUGGGACCAACUUUUGAUAAACUGUCAUCCAAAAGAAGCCAACCUAAUGACCCAGUAGCAAACUAAUGUUAGCUUACAUACAAAGAUGAAUGAAAGUUGGGAACACAUUGAGCUCAAGAUUUACCUGAAAGUUGGGAACACACAGUAGCAUUUGUAGCUACCUGAAUCUGUUGCUAGCAAUGGACAAGCUAUGAAGAAACUUAAAAGCUUGGAGGCUUAGAAGUACAUUUAUUUGAAGAUAUGGACAGUUUUGUCAUUCAUGUGAGCAGCUCUGUUUACAUAUCUCAAGAGUACAACAGCAGGUACACCUGGGAUUCAAAACCUUGGUUAUGCUAUACAACAGCACAGAUAUUAAAAUAAUUACAAGACAAGUUUUACAAGACACCUGUCGUUUUAGUGGCUGCCUAGCUCAUAGCCCAUAUAAACUGGAAACUGAAUCACUGUUGUUGGUCUACAAGCAGACACCCACAGAAAGUGUUUGCAUUAUGGUGUAUUGAAAUGGCACUCAGAUUAAAUCUGCCCAGCCCUAAAUCCUGUUGUUUUUUCUUGAAAUUUAGUUAAUUUAUUAAUCUGAUUUAUAUAUUAAUCUGCUCUAGACAUAUAGCCCCCUGAGCUACAGUAGGAGUACAUACAGAUUCCCAAAACUGACAGUUACAAUAGCCAGCUAUAAGCUAAUCAAUCCUUACUCACUAUGCGCUAUUUACAUUAUGUAUGUAUUAUUAUUACAUACAUUUCUCGUAGUCUAAACUCUAAACAGAUACCAUGCAGUGUUCAAUAUGGUGUGGAAUACUGUGGAUACUGAUCUGUCGAGAAAGUGUCAACCUCUCAAACAUUUGUUUUUUUUAAAUUAAAGUGGUUCUUGUAAGUGCCAACGAGAUUAAGAUGCUGAGAUUUUUUGAAACUCUGCUUUGAGCUUAGUAGCUGUCAGAUGCAUCAAUAAACCUCCUGUGUGAGGGCAACAGCAUGGCUGAUGACUGCGUUGUGCAGAUGACUGUGAUGCAAAGGUACGGGCCUAGAAAGUGAAAGGGCGGGCCAAAAAAGUCGCCAUUAUGGACAGUUGGCCACAGUAUGAAGGUGAUCACCAAGACAGGUUUCACUGUAAUUGCUAAGUGAUCUAAAGGUCUUGUUUUUUCCACUGGCUGUAUAUUUCCUCUGAGAAGUUUCUUUGUUCUCUUGCUACAGUAGUAUGUAUUAAAAGAAACAUUGUCCAACAUAAA